AUGGCCCUGGGAGGGCUGGCUCUGGCCCCUCUCCUGAUCCUUGCCCCUCUGCUGCCUGCACGGAUACAGGACUCUGAUCCCAAGAACCAGGGGGGACCCAAGGAAGCAGAAAUAUGCCAAAGGCCCCAGUGGGACGCAAGACUCCAGAUGGCACCAGACCAGGAGAGUUACAAGAAGAAUGAAGAAGUGGUGCUGAGCUGCCCUGAGGGUUUCCAGCCAUCCUUCACCCAGGUCAAAUGUUCAAGUGAAGUCCAGUCAAUCAGCCUUGGGAAACCUGUAUACAGAGAAGUUUGGCGUGGAAGGGACAGCAGAGGUAGUUGGAUCCGCAUCCGGUCCAAUGUGGAGUGCAUUGAGGACUUCCAAGUUGUCCCCGGUACUUUGGAGAUUUCCAGCACCAGCAUCAAACUGAACUGGACCUGCAGGCUCCCUGAAAUUUGCCAGCAGAUGCGGGCCACAUGCCGUCUGGCUGUGCCUUCCUCCCCUCCCUGUGAGGCUGAGGAGGUGAUGGGAGAGGAGAUGUUAUAUGGCCAGGAGGGAACGUUCACCUGUCCCCCUCUGCAACCUUUCACUGUCUACAGUGUCACCAUCUCCAUGGCUCCCAGCACGAUCCUCUACACACGGCUCUUCACAACAAAAGAAACGGUGCCAGACAAACCAGAGAAGCUGUGGCUGGAUCCUAACACGGGGUCCCUCACGUGGAAUCCACUGCCCUCCUGCAAAGGGAAGAUCAUCGGAUACCAGCUGAACAUCACGACCAGGAGAGCGCAUAAUGGCAGCUUCCUUGAAUUCAAGCAGGUGAUGGUGAACCAGUCUGUCACUCAGUACAUGCCACCUCGUCAGACACCUGGAAGCAAAUACACAGUGACAGUGCAGGGCCUGACAGUGGCUGGUGCUGGGGAUGCGUCAGUCCUGGAAUUUCAAACCUACGUCUCAGGACAGCCUCUGGGCCCGUGGCCAGGGACGGUGGUCACGGUGGUGGUGGUGGUGGUGGUGGUGCUGGUGUCCUUGUCUGCAGGGAUCCUGUGGUUUGUGCUGUCCAGUGUCCUGCAGCCCCCAGGGCCGCUGCCCACCAUCAUCUGUCCUGGUCCCUCUCCAUGGCCCCUGGGCCCUCAGGCUGUUUCUGUCAUCCCUCCAGAGCUCCAGCCCUAUGAGAACUUGGAUAAUUACUGUGUGGUCAAGGAGGCUGCUCUGACAAAAAGACAUGCAGGUGAAGGUGGCCAGGCUGGAGAGCUGUUGCCUCAGACACCGCCGGUCCUGGAGUCCUCAGGAGAUAAUCUGAGCAGUGAGGGAGAGGAGAAGAUGGGGCUGGCGUCCCCGGCUCAGUGCUGA